AUGCCCCUGUUCUGCACCCCACAGAAGGCAGCCCUUUCCACUGAGUCCCAUUCACACAGCCAAGAUGACCACUCACCCGGAUCUGCCUGUGGCAGAAGCAACUUCAAAGCCUGCAACAGCGUGAGCUCUGCAGAGAAAGGGGCCUGUCUUACUGAACCCUCAGAUUCCAGCAUGCUGCUGUCCUAUGGAGGCAUCCAUGCAUAUCAGCAGCAGAAUGAAUGGAUGGAGGGAGGAAUGAAUAUGAUUCCUUCACUCCUUACACCAACCCUGGCAGUUGGGCAGGUCCAUCCUUCACACCCCCACCCUCAGCAUGAACACCAUCCGGAGAGGGCUGGGGGCAGGUGCAUUCAGGUGGGGCUUUUCCGGGGCCGGUUUUCCCCGGCUCCCGCUGGAACUUCCAGCUGGCCACUGGCCGGUAACACUGGACGCCCGCCCGUCCCCCGGCCCCCGCCGCUGCGCAGACCUCAGCGCUCCCGGUGUGGUUCGGUUCCCGGAAACUCCUCGAUUUCCCUCUUGCCGCCGCGUUUGCAAGAAACCGAAACCCAGGCUCCGCCCCUCCGGCGCGGCCCCGCGGAACCCGGCGAUGGGGCUGACCCCUACUGGAUGGCCGGACCCAAGCCCUCCCAUACCCGGCCCCUGCGCCCCGCCCCACCGCCAGCUGCAAGGCUCAGGCGGAGGUGGGAGUCGUCUGAGUGCCUGCGCGCCGACCCCCCGGCGGGCAGCAUCCGUCCAGCCGCUCAGCACCACUCGCGCCUCCAAUGGGAGGGCCGCAGGUCUAACUCAAGUCUCAGACUGCAACGGAUGGCAGUGCCCCGGCAAGGGACGCAACGCGGCCUUCCCCUGCGGCAAUUUACAAGCGGGCGCCUUUUCUGUGCAUCGCCUAUGUCCCUGCCAAACCGAGCAGAAGGGGAAGGUGGGGGGGAGCAGGGAAGAGGGAAGUGCAGAGGUGUUCGUGGAAAGCUCUGCACCCCGAUUGUUGCUAGCUCCAUCUCGCAGGGGGAGAUAAUGGGCACAGAGAAGUUUAGCAACUUGCCUGAGGUCACACAGCCUGUAGCUGCUGACCCGGCUGCAAACCCAUGGCCUAUAGCAAGAGGCUGGGCGGGGAAGGAGGAGGAAGUGCCUUGGUCGCGGGCAGGAAGCCGGCCAGCUUGGAGCCGGCUGCUCACCCCGACUCACCCCCCGCCUGGGCGGAGCAGGAAUGUGGAAGUUGGCCCGAAAGGACUGUGCCCCCUCCCCGUCAAACACCCCCCCGCGUCCCCCACCAAGUUCUGGCCGGGGGCUGUGGAGCGUGGGUCACCUGGGGGCGAAGAACUCCACAUCACGGUGAAGUGGAGGCGCUGCAGCCCCCACAAAGACCAAGAAGCCUGCCAGGGGCGCCCCGGGCGAACGGCAGUGGGCGUGGGCCGUUCUGCAGCACCCAUUGGCGCGGGGGAGGAGAGUGCUGAUCCCAUCAAGCCCCGCUCCAGGUCGCGACCGCUGGGCCUGGCCCGGGAGCCUCCCCCGGCCUCGGGGCCCCAUGGGACUGACAGGGGGCUGAGUUCUCUUUCCUCCCAACGGCGGUGUUUAUAAGAAAUGAAGCUCCGCAGCGGCCAUCAGCGGCAGCCCACACUGUCACCCCGCCCCGCUCUCAGGGGGUUCCGGAACAGCCUUGAGCACUGGAGCAAUUCCUUGGCUCAGUAUUCUAUCAUGACCCCCUAGUGAUUUCCCAGCCAGCUUCAGCCCCACAUUCUGCAUUUAGGAAUUUUAUAACAGUGCAACGUUUAUUCUGCUGUGUCAUACAGCAUAUUUUGCCAAAUCUUUGAGAGGGGAGGGGCUGGUCUGGUGCCCCAGUGUAUCUCCAGGACCAAACCUGGGGUUGACCAAAAAGCAGGCCUGCAUGCGAUUCAUACGUGUUGAAUGAAUUAAGGGACUUUCUUUCUCUCCAAUUAGGCUCCUUGCAGGCAGGGUGAUGACCCUUGGAUUCUGCCUUCAAGCUUUUGGAUGCUUUUAUUUCUGGCUUGUGUUCUGCAAUUCACAGUUUAGGACUGCCUGCCUCCCAGGUUUCUGUGAAAAUAGAGAUGAAGGCUUUCAGCAUUUCAGAGAGCCCUACUACUUCUGGACCUGGAACCUGGAAGGCAUGCUGGGGGGUUUAUCUGCUUUGGGGACCGUGGCCCCCUCUCUGGGUAGCAGGCUCCACAGGUAGCAGGUCUCCCAGUCAAAAACCUAGUUCAGGUCGGGCACCGUGCCUCAUGCCUGUAAUCCCAGCACUUUGGGAGACCAAGGCGGUGGAUCACCUGAGGUCAGGAGUUGGAGAACAACCUGGCCAACAUGGUGAAACCCCAUCUCUACCAAAAAUACAAAAAUUAGCUGGGCUGGCGGCGGGUGCCUGUAAUCCCAGCUACUUGGGAGGCUGAGGCAGGAGAAUUGCUGAACUCCUCGAGGUAGAGGUUGCAGUGAGCUGAGAUCACAUCACUGCAUCCAGCCUGGGUAACAGAGUGAGACUCCGUCUCAAAAAAAACAAAACAAAAAAACACCUAGUUUAAACCUCACUGGCACCCGCACCUCAGCUCUCACAAACUCUCAUUUCUGAGCACACACUCAUCUCUAUCAGCAGAGGAUUUAACCACAGGUUGCCAAGAAAUGUCUGUAUCUGACAGAAUUCAUAAUCUGAGAUAGAAAGAACAUUAAACUCCAGAGGAAGAGGGGUCAUGCAUCAACUUAACUAGGAUUUACUGAGUGCCUACCAUGGUAGCCACUCUUCCGGGGAGUGCAAGGAUGGCAGUAUCACCUUAGUGUGGUCUGUGUGGCCCUGUACAUUGAUGUGUGUGUGCAUGGUGACAUGUCGGGAGCCAUGCUUCUGGGCUUCAGGACUAACUGCAGCCCACUCAGGGGGUGAACAGUGUUUUGAGAGCCUGAGGGAGGGGACUGGGGACAAGAAUGGUCUGUCAGGGUAGAGGCUCCCACAGGGUGUGUGAAUGUGUGUGUGAGAUGAUCUUGCCUUCAGCAUCCUGAUUGCAGAAGUCACUUCAAAGGAGGCCCUGCCAGCCAGUUAGCCUCCUCUUGCCAGCACAGAAAAAUCCAGGCCCCAAUACAGAGAGGCCACACAAUGAAUUCACACUCACUGAGUGAGGCUAUGGAUGAGAGGCAUCUGUAAGGAAGACCUUGCACAGUGCAGGGUGCUGGCUACCCUCAGCUGACCCCUAGCUCGCUUCAGCUGCUGGGCAUGAGUAGCCUGCUUCGAUUUCUCACAGAAAACAUGCAGAGUUCUUUUUCUCACAGAAAAAACGUAGAGUUUGUUCCCCAGAGUUUGUUCCCACCACGUAGAAAAUGACCAGUGGUGAAAAGGCAACACACGAAAGUUAAGGACCAAAGGGUCCAAGGAGGGAAAAGAAAGGACUUCUGGUUGGUUGCUUUGUGGGCAUUUUGAAGAGAUCAGGCAUAUGCUCCGGGCCUUAAAAAAAGACACAGAGAUUGAAGUGGUGGGGUAGGCAAGGGAGAGAGAGAUUGAGAGAGGGCAAGUAUUGCCAAGUAUCCUGAGGAGACAGGGAUGAGGGGACAAACACAGCGUGUUCAGAUAAUGGAAAUACAGUGAAAGGUUCAUGCGUUCCUGUUCAUACAUUUCAUUUGACUUAUGUCUUACAGUUUGGAAAUACUUUUGAUAGUCUAAUUUUACAAUUAGAAGAGAUGGAGAGAGAUUAUCUCUAUUUUACAGAUGAGAAAACUGAGCCCCAGAGAGGGACAGUAACUUGCUAAGAUCACAUAGCAAGUGGAAAAAGCACAGUAAGAACCCAGGCUUUCAGACUCAAAUCCUGUGUUCUCUUUUCAUCCCCCUUUAGUUUCAUCUUCCCUACUGCCAAGGGUAGGGAAGCUGUCAGGGACAGAAGGUUGGAAUGGGACCCCAGGACCAGACUGAGCAGACAUUUGAAUGUGGGGCUGAAUGUAGGGGAGCUCAGAAGGCUCCUGGGUUGCCCCGAGUGUUAGGGAGAUCAUCCGAGUUAGUGAGAUCAUUCCAGUGUAGAGGAACCAUCUUUCCCAUCUACCUGGGCAGGACUAAUAGGCAGGGAGGCCCAAGAGGAGGUUGGGGCAACAAUAGUCUGGUCCUGGACUAUGAAAUCACAACCUGAUACAGGGAAGGAAGACCCAGAAGACCAGGUGGGAAAGAAAAGGGCUGGCUCCGAAUUACUAAGAGCCUACAGGAGCCUAUGUGUUCUACUGGGGAUCACAGAAUGUUCUACAUCUUAGAGUGUGAUUCAUCAAAAGCCAUUAAAAUAAAAAUGUUGGGUACUUCAACAUGGCUUAGCUUUAUUUCACUGAUUCGGAGUAUAGCACCCCUAGUCAUAAUAAGCAUAUUCUUACUGGCUUCAAAAUAAAAUAAAAAUCCCUAGGUUAAAAAAAAAAAAAGCUCAAAGAUGUAAAUGUAAAUGACAGUUUCAUUGGUAAAUCCUAACUGGGGAAUUUCUCCUAAGCAAAAAAUUAUUGAUGUGCACAAAGAUUUAGCUAAUAGUGUUGUUUGUAUUAUGAAAAAAUGGAAAUAACCUAACUGUCCUACAAUAGGGGAUUAAUUGGGUAAAUUUUUAUUUAUCCUUAUGAAAGAAUAAUAUAUACCUAUUACGAAUGAUAUUGCAUAAGUACAUUUCAUGACAUGGAAAGAUGCUCAUUAUGGCUAAAUAUACAUAUGCAUAUACAGGUAUAUUUAUACCUGUAUCCGUGAAUUAAAAUUAAGUUUUUGUUUUAAAGCA